CGAUGCCGAAGCAACCGGAACCGGGCAGCACGCCCCACAAACGGAUUGGGCUCGAUACGAAAGAUGCGCUCCAGCGUCUGCACGACGACAUUGAAUCGAUGCUGACCGUGCACGAGGAUCGGUUCCGACGUCAGUUUUGGUUAGAAAAGGUACGCUCCACACUGGUCGGGACCUCGACCAGUCCGCUUGGAUGGUUUCCGGCGUUGGCUUCACUGGUGGCCGCACUAUCGCUUACCGUGACCGGAUACUAUUGGUCGGCGGGACUGUUAGCGGGACUGCUGCUGCUAACCGUGGCCGUGGUCGUGCGGGAAAAUAAUCUGCGUAAAACGGAAAUCUUUCGGAAGCUGCGCACGGUACUGACCGAGAUACGGUUGGGCAUUGUGCUUUGCAGCGAGUGGACGCUCGAUAACUAUCCGCACCUGUGCAGUCCCCUGUCCCCGUGCGUCACACUCCAGUGGACGUACCGGGAUGGGCAGGUGGUAAAUCUGCCGUGGGCAUUGCUGGUGCGUGGCGACCAUAUCGUAAUGCGGCCUGGGCAGGUAUCGCCCGGCACCUGCCAGGAGGUUGGAGGCAAGGGACGACGCUUUAAGUGUGGCGAAACGUACGGACUGCAGCAACCCACGGAACCGCCGGUCAAACCAAUCGCUCGCUCCCCGUUACCGGAUUUAGUGUGCGUGGUCGAGGCGACACCGUACCUGGACAUACUGCGCAAAUCGUUGGACAGUUUCCUCGAUCGGCCAAAAACGAUUAUCAACUUGCAGCGGGAUCUGCUGGUUUCCCGGUGCCUGCAACGGUGGGGCCUGGGUGUGAUACUCUUCAUAACCGUCUCGAUCGGCAUACUGCGGAACGUGGGACUGUAUCUGCAGGGCAAGCUGCCCACCAACUGGAUGAAUGUGUUUCUGCUCAAUCCGACCGCUGCCGUACUGCCGCUGCUACCGCUCAUCUUUCCCCUGCUCUGGAUAUCGAUCAAUCUGUGGGGUGUGGCACGGCUCGAAACGCUUCUUUCCAUCCCGCAGGCUGUCAUGAGGGCCCAGGCACAGAAAUCGUUCGCCGAAGAUCUCGACACACCGACGUGCGAUCUGGAUCACGUGAAGCUACCGAGGCGUACCGUCUUUUUCUAUUGGUGGCAGCUACUGAAAGGCCGGUCAGAGCUCCUGGGGCGCAGUGCAAGCGUAGUACAGGUGCUCGGAACCAUCACGGCUCUUUGCUGUGUCGAUAAGAAAGGUAUCCUAUCGUGGCCUAAUCCGACUGCCGAAAAAGUGUUCUUUCUGCGCAAUGCACGUGAAGGUGACCACAACACGGACCAGUCCGAGCAGAGCAGUCUCAAUUCACAGUGCUGCCAGGAGCAUUACCACCCACUCUCACAUAUCAUCGAGCUGAGCUCGCAGAAGGAACCGCUCGGGGCGAUUGCGGAGGUGCUUGAUCUCACGCACGACCAGCACAGCCCGUUCAAGCUCGAGUUUGACGAUCACGACUUUAAAAACCAUCUAACCUCGCUGAAACCACUCGGUAUUGCCAUCCUGGUAAACACGUGCUGUCCACUGACGCAAGCUCACUAUGCCAAGUUCUGUGGCCACGUGACGGCAGCCGCGAUGCUUGAUAAGGAUCUCGUUCCGGUCACCAAUCGUCGGUGCCUAUGUGAGCUCGCGAAGCAGAUCGGAUUUUCGCCGCAGGCUCGUGACAUCUUCCAGCUUGAAGGUCAAAUUUCGAGCUAUCGCCAUCUGCAACCGGAUGUUGUGCGGCGCGAUAUACGAUUCGCACGGUCACUGCAGCUAGCGACGAAGGUAAAGGUUCCGUUCCCGCACUCACUGUCGGUGGUAAUGCGGGAAAUUAACAACGGUUCGCUCCAGCUGCUUACCCAAGGUACGGCGGACAUAGUGCUGGACUGUUGCGAUGACUAUUGGGAUGGGCAGGAUCUGCAACCGUUAACGGAGAAGGAGCGGAAACGUGCGCAAGACUUUUACCAACGUUCGGCCCUGACCGCGUACUGUACGGCGUUUGCAUAUAGGCCGCUGAGACACGGCAUUAGUGGAGCUCUGUCCGGUGGGCCUAAGGGUGGUAGUGUCGCUUAUCUGGAGCUACCGCCGGAGAGUAAACAUCGGCGGGAUCUGUAUCGGCGCGAAAACUAUAGCGAUUUGGUCGGUGGUGGUCAGUCACUGAUUGGGUGUGCCGAUUGUGGUACGGACAGUGUGGAUGGAGGUGUUGGUGGUGGAUUGCGUGCGGGAGGUAGUGUGUUGGGUGGAGGUGGUGGUGUAGCUCCACUAGCCCAUCAUUCCAUUUCCACCGAUUCGCUCCUGUUUACCGAUACCCGGGACGACGACAUCUCGGAUGUGGAUGGGUGUUACCGGAUGCAGUGCCAUCAGGUGUUUAUCGGCAUGGUGACGAUGCAGUACCAGGCACAAACAGACAUUGUGCAGCUGAUCGAACGACUCGAGCGGGCCUGCAUCCGGUUCGUGCACUUUAGCAAAGAGAACGAGCUACGGUCGCGCGUGUUCUCGGAAAAGAUGGGUCUGGAGAGUGGAUGGAACUGUCAUAUCUCACUGCUUAGCGAUGCGGACAGCCGUUCGUCGACGCCGACACGUGAGGCAGGAGGCGAAAGUGGUGAGGAUACGGGUAAUGGUGGGUCCGAGACGGCGGGUGUGUGUGGCGGGGGGGAGCGCGCCCGAUUGCUAGACUCGCUGCUAACGCCUGGUACGCUCGAAGCGUCAAAACCGCUCAGCUCGUCAGCACCGUGCGCCAUCUCCAAUCCGGACUCGAACAGUUUGGUCUGCGGUGGCGUUGUUGCUGCCGGACGCGCAUCACCAGCACCGAGCGGGCUUACCACGCCCGGCGAAUGUGAGGAUGGGGGACAGGAUGGCAAACAGCAGCAGAAGGUGGUCGGAGGCGGUGGGCACUGUCGGUCACUGAGCUGCCUGACGGACAGCACCGAACAGAGCGCCCCGAUCAACUUCGACAUGUCGAAUCGGGCCAAGUUGCCGCGCGGCAUCGAAAACAUCCGACCGCACCUGGAGCACGUGGACAAUGUGCCGCUGCUGGUGUCCCUGUUUACCGACUGUUCCGCCGAAGCGACGCGCGAAAUGCUCAACAUCAUGCAGCAGUAUGGCGAGAUCGUCGUCUGUCUCGGAUCGUCCGCAUCGAACUCCAACUCGGAGAUCUUCCUGCAGGGCGAUUGUUCGAUCGCGAUCGAACCACUGUACCCGCAGGUAUGUCAAGAGUUUCCCGCCUAUAGUGAAUCGAACAUCUACAAUAAUCGGGCCCGGUUGGGGUCAGCGAACGGUGGCGGUCCGGGUGUUGGUACACCGCUGCCCGAUCGAUGCAAAACCAUCUCGCCAGUCUAUCUGAGUCGCAUUCUCAAUUCGAUCUCCUGCUCGAUCGCAACCUGCCGGGACGAUCCGAUCUCGAUCGUGGCGGUGAUUGAGCUGUCGCGCCGCUUCAUGGCCGGUUUGUGGAGUUGCGUGCAGUACUGGGCGUGCUGUGGGGCAUCGCUCGCCAUUAUGAACACCAUUACCGCAAUCCUGUCGCUGCCGCCGAUGGUGAUGCCGCUGCACACGCUUUACCUAAUGUGCAUAGUGGUGCCGCUGGUCGCCUUGACGUUGCUGCGCGUUGAACCAGACCCGGCGCUUAUGAAGCGUGCCACGGGCAAGAAGCAGAAAACGCUCAGCUCCCGACUGGUGCUGUUUGUGAUCUGGUGCUACGGGAUUAAGUUCGCCAUGGCCAUUAUUGUUCUGGUGCUUGCGUAUUGCACAUUCCUGUCCCAUCCGAUCGAGUUGUUCGCUGGUGGUGGUGGUGGUGGUGUUGGUGAAGGCACCAGGCGCCAGCAGGAUGAUCCCGAAGCGGUAGUACAACGGGCUGUCGGCGAAACAGAGCAAGCACUGGCCGGUGAUCUACAUCUGGCCCGUUCUUUCAUACUGCUCGGUAUCGUACUACACUUCGUGACCAUUUCCGCGUCAUUCGUUCAUCGCGAUUAUAACUGCUUCAAGCGUAGCCCGCUCAGCAAUCUCUGCUGGGUGUCCGUGGUGGCGCUACUCCUGCUGGUACAUCUGGGAUUGGUUGUGCUGCAGCUUUGCACCGACGACUAUCUCUGGCAGGAGAUGGAACGCGUCUGGCCGAUUGUGCUGUGCAUCGUGGUAACCGUGUUUGCCACUUUUCUUGCAAGCGAAUUCUUCAAGUGGGAAGAAAUCAAAGUCAACAAUCGCUACAUCCGCCGGGCAAGGUUAGACUUCGGUACGAAGCUCGGUAUGAACUCGCCAUUUUGAAAA